GAUUGGCCGCCUGGUGAGCGAGGCCCCACCCCUCCCCCCGGCGCAGUCACGUGGUUGGCGCGGGGUUGCCGGCGACCGUUGGGCGGUUUGGAGUUGGCGGCACGAGCGGCGCCAUGAAGCAUUAUGAGGUGGAGAUCUUGGAUGCCAGGACCAGGCAGAAGCUCAGCUUUCUGGACAAGGUGGAGCCAAAUGCCACAAUCGGAGAGAUCAAGGUUAUGUUCCAUAAGAACCAUGCACAAUGGUACCCCGCCAGGCAAUCCAUCAGGCUGGACGCAAAAGGCAAGUCACUGAGGGACGAAGAAAUCUUGCAGAAUCUCCCUGUUGGUACGACAGCUACUCUUUACUUCAGAGACCUUGGUGCUCAGAUCGGGUGGGUCACGGUGUUUCUCACUGAAUACGCUGGACCUCUGCUCAUUUACCUGCUCUUCUAUUUCCGGCUGCCCUUUAUUUAUGGUCCGAAAUAUGCUUUCACCUCAAGUCCACAUUCGGUUGUGCACCUGGCUGCUGCAUGCCACUCCUUCCACUACAUCAAGAGGCUGCUGGAGACAUUGUUUGUUCACCGCUUCUCCCACGGUACAAUGCCGCUUCGAAACAUCUUUAAGAAUUGUACCUACUACUGGGGGUUUGCUGCCUGGCUGGCGUAUCACAUCAACCACCCUCUCUACACACCGCCCGCCUAUGGAGAUAAACAAGUGAAAAUAGCUUUUGCCAUAUUUCUGUUAUGUCAAAUCGGAAACUUCUCAAUCCAUGUGGCGCUGAGGAAUCUUCGGCCAGCAGGGUCCAAGACUCGCAGGAUUCCCUUCCCCACCAAGAACCCUUUCACUUGGCUGUUCCUCGUGGUGUCUUGCCCGAACUACACGUACGAGGUGGGCUCCUGGAUCGGCUUCACCAUAAUGACGCAGUGUCUCCCAGUUGCAAUGUUCACGUUGGUUGGGUUCACCCAGAUGGCGAUCUGGGCAACCAGCAAGCACCGCAGCUACCUGAAGGACUUCCGCGAUUACCCGCCUCUCCGCAGGCCGAUCGUCCCCUUCAUCUUGUAGAAGACUGGCCUCUGUGAGUCUGGGCGGGAGAGGGGCCUUUCUGUGGGCCCCCCCCACACCUCCUCUUCUCUAUCUUUCUGCCUGUCCCUUCUGCAGUAAACCCAUCACAAGUUUCCCCAGAGUGGUGAAGCCUAGCUGUCGUAUGCUGAACUCCCGGCCUUGUGAUUGAGCAACCACUGCGGCUGCCCUGCUCUUGCAUGCAGUCUGCAGGGGCUGAGAGAGGCAGCCGUUCACAGUCUUAAACCCACUAGUCCUGUUUGGAUGCUCAAAGAUCUCCCAACAUGUUUCAUAAUUAUCAGCCAGGAUCUCCUUUAUCCUAGAGUGCAAGAUUCCCAGUUCCCAGUACCAUUGCAAACGUUGCAGCUCACUUUGCCCAAAUUUGUGCUAAUUCCCUCCCUCCCCUCCCCCCCUCUCCUCUGGGCAGCUGGUGUGUGUGUGUAGUGCUUGACCAGGCUGGGGAGACUGUGGGCAAAGCUCAGUGCUUUUGCCUCUGCUGUUAAACUGAUGCUGAGGCCACUGCUUACAACAGACUGGAGACUAACAAGGAGUCUUGGACUCCCUCUCUCCACAGUCCCCAAUAACUAACCCACUAUACCACUCCAGCUGAGAAUAAAAUGGAGCAAUAUCUGUCUUCAAGAAAGCUUGUAGUCCAGUAGAGUAGACCCCUCACCUUCUCCCCACCUGUUCGCAUUCAUCAUUGCUGUGGUGUGUAUUUCCUUUGGCCAGGAGACCCGCAAGCUGUGGAAAUACCUUCAUUCCUGAACCCAAAUAUAGGCAAUGCCAGAGACCCAGGUUCAAUCGUGACUCUGGGUGCUGGCUGGGCAGAGUUUGUAGGUACAUCCCAGACACGUGGGUGUGUAGGUUAAUUGGCCCCAGUGUGUACAGAGCUGAUGAGAAAGUGUGAUCAGUGGUCAUGGUCUGUU